AAACAUGAGAAUGAAAUGUUUCCCUUAUAUUUCAGGUGUUUUAAUACAGAUCGACCUAUACCACUCCAAGUUCCUCCCAAGGAACAAGAUGUCUCAAUCUUGGCUGAGGAAAUGGUGGAUGUGUCGUCUUUAAAUGGAGUCCCAGAAGAAGAGAUUAAGACCCGCAUGGCUCGUAUUUAUGUUCCGGCUCGUAAUGCCAUGCAAAGUGGUAGCUUUGGCACAAGAAGGUGGAUGAUUGAAUUCGACACUCAAGGAAGAUGGGAGAAUCCCCUCAUGGGUUGGUGCUCCACAGCUGAUCCUUUAUCAAACUUGAAACUGGAUUUUGCAACCCAAGAAGAUGCCAUAGAAUAUUGUGAGAAAAAUGGUAAAUAUAUUAUUAAACUGUUAUCUUGGUUUUAUGGAAGAAGAAUG